GCUCCUUUAGCUUUCUAAAUUCAAUUUUUCCGUUUAACUUUUAAACAGAAAGAAAGAUAGCUUUCUACCCUCCACUAGUAUAGUAACUCUAGCACAAGAAAGACUCUUACAUUUCUUAAGUAUAAAUAUAUCUUGUAACUCCUCUUCUCCCUCUUCAUUCUAUACAACAACAAGGUAGAGAAAUCCCUCUUCUCCUCCUGUAAGACUUCUUAAGACCUUCAUGGUUAUAUUUUCUUGGAGAAAAAUGGGCAAUUGCUUAGCUCAUAAUUGUGUUAGACCUCCCUUUAUAGGUUCUUGCAUCGGAUUCCCUCAAGCGAAGCAUGAGAAAGUUUUGCAUGUUGUCAAAACAGAUGGAAAGGUUUUGGAAUUCAGCGCUCCAAUUCUUGUGAAAGAUAUCGCGGUCAACUUUCCUGGCUCAGGUAUUGGUCUAACAAAUGAAGCUAUAGAGCAUCUGCCACCAAGUUACGAGUUAAAGCUUGGAAAUGUUUACCAUGUUCUUCCACCACCUCCAGGGACUUCACCGGUGGUUGACAGGGAAGAAGAAGCAAGUAGUGGUGGUGUCAAGAGGAUUAAAGUUGUAAUAACAAAGCAACAACUUCAGCAGCUUUUGAAAAAGGAAAUAUCUCUUGAGGAGGUUCUGUUAGGGCUAGAGCAGAAAAGUUCUUCUCUUGACUCUCCAAGAAAUUGGAAGCCAAAGCUGGAAUCAAUCCCUGAAGGACUUGAGUAGUAUAGCUUUGGAAAUGUACAAUUUAGGUACUGAAUUCUCUCUUGUUUAGCUGACAAUGAAUUUAUCAUGUAGAUGUACUGAUUAGCCAAAGAUGGAGAACAUGUAAAAAGAAAAAAAAUUAAAGGAAUAUAAAAAGAAUUCUGUCUGCUACAGAACAUUGAAAGAUUUUCAUCUA